AGUUUAUAUAAAUCUAUUCUACGUUCGAAGAAUAGUUUGCAAAUGAAUUCUCCCGAGGAAAUAAUCGCUUCAAUUUUUUAAUAAAUCUCUUUGUAAUUGGUAGGAUUGGGAAUCAGAAUGGAGUCUUCAAAACAACAAGACGAUAAUCCAAAGAGUGAUUCAGAUGGAGAAAAACCCAGUGCGAAUGGUCAUCUGAAUGAAAGAUCACCGCCAUCUGAGAGACAUAAGAAACCUUGCCUAGUACAGAAAUCCUCAUUUGACUGCGGAAGCCAAGAAUUGGUACCGGCUCUGAAAACGGAUAAGAAAUGCAACGAAUUAGAAGAAUUAUCAUCAGAACAGACACAUCGAGUAACUGCAGCAGUCAAUAAUUCGUCAACUAGAAGAGGUAUAACUAUUGUCAUGGCAAAUACUCAUUUUUAUAUAGACCUAGAUGAUAUCGAAAAAUAUCCAGACACAAUGUUAGCAAAAAUGUUUGGAGUUUCCUACAGUCAAAACUUGACCAGACCAAAUGAAAGAGGAGAAUUUAAUAUUGAUUACGACAUAUCGCCAAUGGCUUGUCGGGCUGUUCUGUCUUUUUAUAAAACAGGUUGUGUUUACAUUCCACCUGGAGUUAGCGUACAUGAAGUACGAGAUGUCGCUGAUUUUUUAUUAAUACCUUUCAAUGUUGAAACUGUACGUAGUCGAAAUUUGAGGGAUCUCCUUCAUGAAUUUUCUGAUGAGGGUGCUAGAAAGCAGUUUGAGCAGUUUGUUGACGAUGAACUAGUCACCCAAAUGGUGCUGAGUGCCGAAAGAGGUGAUAGAGAGUGUCAUGUUGUGAUAUUAACUGGAGAAGAAAUUAUUGACUGGGAUGAGGAUUAUCCGCCUCAAAUGGGAGAAGAAUAUACACAAGUCAUAAAAUCGGCUCCCAUGUACAGAUUCUUUAAAUAUGUAGAAAAUCGCGAUGUAGCUAAAUCAGUGUUGAAAGAUAGACGUUUAAAGAAAGUUCGAUUAGGCAUUGAAGGAUACCCAACGUACAAGGAGAAAGUCAAACGGAGGCCCGACGGAAAAUAUGAUGUUGUCUAUAAUUAUGUUCAGAGACCUUUCAUUCACAUGUCUUGGGAAAAAGAAGAAGCUAGAUCCCGUCAUGUCGAUUUUCAGUGUGUGAAAUCAAAAUCGAUAACUAAUUUAGCUGAUGCAGUUGCUGAGCCUGAAAUUUAUCAGCAACCGGCAGUUGCUGCUCCUCCUCAACCUUCCGAACCAUAUCCUGGCAAUUUGCUCAUGGCAGCAGGAGGAGAAAUUGUUAACGAACCAGAAGCAGAUAUCAAUGGAUAAAUAGCUUAUACAUCAAAUAUGCGUUCAUUUACUUAUAGUAUUAUUGCACUCUAGACUGCAUGCUGUGCACUUUAAUUUGUUUUUUUUUUUGGCACAAUCUAGAUGUAUCUUGUACCGUAUCAAGUAUUUACACUGCUAUACUUAUGAAAAGUAUAGACUGUUUUUUUUCAUAAUUAGUUACUAGAGAUGUUUAAUUUGAACAAUGGUCAUAUAAAAUGUAUUUGAAUAAACACACUGCAUUUUG